AUGAAUUCUGCUAACGAUGCCAUUUUUUAUGGCGAGAAGAACUCAGUGCACUGCAACGAUCUAAGCGAAAGUGGUCCAGAUAGGUGUGUGAAGAAUGGAGACAUGCAGAACGAUUAUAUAAUGAGUAACGAUGUGACAAGUGAGGGAGUUGAUAUCACCGUGGAUCCAGGGGAAAAUGGGGUAGUCAAUGCCGCAUAUUUAGAUACACCUCUACAUCAGCACUUGCCACCACAUCGGGGAGAGCGAAAAAAGAAGCAGUACGCAAAGACAGAGAGAGACAAAUAUGACCGAAUUGAGGAACUCGAAAAAUACCUUAACAUUAGCAACGCCACAAAUGUGUGUUCACUGAGAAUUAAAUUAUGGGAAGCCCUAAUGCUGUAUGUAAACAAUGUAAACGCAGAGCUGAUUUACUUCAUAAUAAAGUGCCUGAUGGAAGUGGAGGUGUAUUGGGGGGAAGAAGCAAGCAACAAUUUACAAGACAUUUUAAAUCUAAUAAAUGAUAAAAAGUAUAAAGAAGUGUUAAAUAAGAUAGGAGAAACAUUAUCGAGUUUAUCUGUAACGACAGGAAAAGCGACCGAAGAAAAUCCAUUUUUUUACACACUGAUUGUUUCAUCCAGGAGAGAUGAAAACAACAGUAAUUACAAUUCCGAUUUGGCAUGCGAACUGAACAAGAUUCUACAGUAUGAGCAAAACAGAUUGUCCAAUCAAAAUAAUAAUAAAAAAUUGGAAUACAAAAUUAUCGAGGUGAGCAACGCAAAGGAGGCUCUCCUAGCUUGCUUAAUAAAUUCGCAGAUUUUGUCUGUGGUGUUGGUGGACAAUUUAUCUAUUGAUGAGGAUUACAGAAGGGAGGGGUUUGAGUUUUACAACUUCAGUGAGGAGAACUCCCUGAACAACAAGUGCGGCAUGCUAAAUGGGGGCAUGGUAAGUGGUGGCAUGGUAAAUGGCGGUAUGGUAAAUAGCGGUAUGAUAAAUGGCGGCAUGGUUAACAUGGCUAGCAUGAUUAACGUAGCUAGCAUGGCGAAUGGAGGAGCCCAGAUGAAGCCUCCCUUCACGCAUAGCAUGCAUAACGGGUCAUCAUCCAACAGUAGAGAUGCCAUGAGGAAUAUUAUUCUGUCCAAUUAUCGUGGCUGCAACGGUAACAAUGGAAGCGUCUGCAACAAUUAUUGCGGCGGAGGUGGUCAAUAUGGAAACGGUCAGUAUGGAAGUGCUCCCAGCGCGAACAACCCCAACGGUAGCGGAAGCGCGCUGCUGAAUGAGCACAAGAAGGGAGCCAACUUGCUUAUGAAGGAUUAUAAGUUUGAUAUAGGAAAUUUUGUCCUAGGGUAUGAACAACUGGUGGCUGCCCCUUUAGAAAAGAUGAAGAAGGGAUUUAACAGUUUAGUGAUCCUCAUUAAGAGCAUCGCCUAUAUUAGAAGCUCUGUUGACAUUUUUUGUGUGUGCACUUCCAUCACGCUGGAUAAGCUACAAAGUGUGAAUAACAAAAUAAUUAGGAUUUUCACUACACACGAUGACCACAGCGAUUUGCACGAAUCCAUUUUGGAUGGAGUGAAAAAGAAAAUAAAGACACCGUUUUUUAACGCCUUGAAAGCGUAUGCCGAGAGGCCCAUUGGUGUAUUUCACGCGCUAGCCAUUAGCAAAGGGAACAGUGUAAGAAGAAGUAGAUGGGUACAAUCGCUCCUUGAUUUUUAUGGUGUAAAUUUAUUUAAAGCAGAAUCUAGUGCUACUUGUGGAGGGCUAGAUUCUCUGUUGGACCCACAUGGGUCAUUAAAAGAAGCACAGAUAAUGGCUGCACGGGCGUACGGGAGCAAGUACUGUUUUUUCGUCACUAAUGGAACGUCGAGUUCGAAUAAAAUAGUGAUGCAGGCAUUGGUUAAGCCGGGAGAUAUUAUCCUAGUGGAUAGAGCUUGUCACAAAUCUCAUCAUUAUGGAUUUGUUCUAAGUCAAGCGCUACCCUGUUAUUUAGAUCCCUACCCGGUCUCGAGAUACGGAAUAUACGGUGCAGUACCGAUAUAUGUAAUUAAGAAGACGCUUCUAGAAUAUAGAAAUAGUAACAAGCUACACUUGGUUAGGUUGAUAAUUUUGACCAACUGCACCUUUGAUGGAAUUGUGUACAACGUGAAAAGAGUAAUAGAGGAAUGUCUAGCCAUCAAGCCUGAUUUAAUUUUCCUCUUUGACGAAGCAUGGUUUGCUUAUGCAUGUUUUCAUCCCAUACUCAAGUUCAGGACGGCUAUGACCGUUGCAGACAAAAUGAGGAACCAAGAGCAGAAGAGGAUUUACCACAAGGUGCAUAAGAAAUUGUUGAAGAAGUUUGGGAAUGUAAGGAGUUUAAACGAAGUACCAGCGGAGAAACUUCUAAAAACCAGAUUGUAUCCUAAUCCAGAUGAAUACAAAGUGAGGGUAUAUGCCACCCAGUCCAUUCAUAAGUCAUUGACAUCUCUCCGACAAGGCAGUGUCAUUCUGAUAAGUGAUGAUAACUUUGAGUCACAUGCCUAUACUCCUUUUAAGGAAGCAUACUACACGCAUAUGUCGACCUCGCCGAAUUAUCAAAUAUUGGCUACGUUAGAUGCGGGGAGAGCUCAAAUGGAACUGGAAGGAUAUGGCCUAGUAGAGAAACAAGUAGAAGCAGCUUUCCUCAUUAGGAAGGAACUAAGCGAGGAUCCUAUAAUUUCUCGAUAUUUCCGAACACUGAAUGCGGAAGAUUUAAUACCUGAUAGUUUGAGGCUAUGUCAUAAUUUGUACAUGAAGCGGAAGAGGAAGUGUACCAAGGAGGGGUACUCCACUGAUUCGAAAGGGAGUAUUAAUGGGACAUAUUCCUGUGUGUCCAACCAUCAGGGGAAGGCAAGCACGACUACAAAGGAGAAGCGUUCGAAAGCACUACGCAUGGCAAGGAAAGGUAGAAGAAGCGGUACAAACAAUGAGCAUACAAUACAGAGUAGCAACAUAUCCUCUCACGAAUGCGUAAAUGAUACUACUGGAUGCACAAAUAAUGUAGUGCGCAAUUCGUUCAUUUUCGGAGAUUUCACCAAUAACAAUAGCGUGGUAGAAGGGGGCAUCAACGACUUUGGUAAUGACCCCCGUGGGUAUGUAAAAAUGAACAAACGAAAAAGCCGAAGAGAUGAACGAAAUGGAAAAGAAGGCGGAACAUCUGGAACGAUAGACGACAGUAACAACGGAAGUAUUAUACUAAAUAGCGAAAAUGAAAAUAUCAGUUUUGUACAUGAUAGGCAUAACAGAAAUUAUAACGGUUCCUCUUACGAAAUAGAAAUGAAGAAUUUCUUAGAAUAUUUUGAGUGCUCCUGGUUGAGCGAAGACGAAUUUGUUUUGGAUCCUACGAGGAUUACUCUCUUUACAGGUUAUUCAGGAAUUGAUGGAGAUACGUUUAAGGUGAAGUGGCUGAUGGACAAGUACGGGAUCCAGAUAAACAAAACGUCUAUCAAUAGUGUUUUGUUCCAAACGAAUAUCGGAACGACCGGUUCAUCUUGUCUCUUCUUGAGAAGUUGUCUGUCUCUCAUAUCGCAGGAGCUCGACCAAAAGAGGAGUCUCUUUAACGAGAGAGAUCUAAACCAAUUUAACGACAGUGUCUACAAUUUAGUUUCUAACUACAUCGACUUGUCAGAAUUUAGUGAAUUUCAUCCCCUCUUUAAGAAAAGAUAUUCUGAUCGGAGAAUAUUCAAUAGGGAAGGGGAUUUGAGGAUGGCUUUCUACUUAGCAUAUGAAGAAGAUUAUGUAGAAUAUAUUUUAAUGUCCGACUUGAAAGAACGAGUAAGACAGAAUGAGUUAAUUGUUUCGGCAAGUUUUAUCAUCCCAUACCCUCCUGGAUUUCCCGUGUUGGUACCAGGACAGUUGAUAAGCCAAGAAAUCCUGGAGUACCUUUCAGGUCUUAGCGUUAAAGAGAUACAUGGUUAUGAUGAAAGCAUGGGUUUCAGAUGCUUCUACAAUUUCAUUUUAGAAUAUUUUUACAACCUCGUAACUUCGGAUCCUUAUGCCUACUACCAGAAGAUGGAUAAGGGAACGUACGAAAGUUUGAAGUGUGCUAAUUUGAGCAAACGAAGGAGCAUGGACAAUUCCUACAACCUUUAUAUAUACGACAAUGAGACUAACAGGAUGAAGAAGAUGCAUGGGUGCAAUGGGAGUUCCUCGAUUUACAAUAAUACUUCCAUUAGUGAUACUUACGAGGAUAUCGUACAGGUAUAUAAUGCGAGGAGUGACCACGGAAGGCGUAAUCACCACCACAACGAAUACCAUGGUCGCCACCACCACCACCAUCACCACGUUAGUGAGUAUGACAGUGUGAACAACAAUUCGACUUCCACCAUUCCAACCUUGCCACAUGGAGGGGCAGUGGGGGAGAGCUCCGUGAAAGGUCUACAUGGAAGCGCAAAAAGUGGAAAGGAGCGCGAUGCUCCUCGAACGAUGGAUGGCACCUCCAACAGCGCAGGUGUUAGCAAUCACAACACGAGAAGGGGAAGUGGAGAGGAGGGGUUCCAGGGCGUAAGCGAAAUGAAUAAUGAGCAGGCCAUUUCCAACGGCACGGGUGGCAGUUUGUCAGAGAGGAAUAUCGGCAAGUCGCGUGCAAAGGGAUCGUUAAAAGAGAGCAGAAUGACCCAUGUGGAGCAGAACAAAACAAACAUCUACGACCACCACUCAAAUGGUAUGGUGAGGUACGACCAAAAUAGCUCGCUCGUUAGUAAGGUAAAAGAAAAUGUGUUAAUUGUUAAGGGGAAGAUAGGCUAUGCCAGUUGUGGUGUUGGCGAGAGAUCGGCCAAUUACCGCUAUCGGGAUGACCCUUUGCCAUCAGUGCCAAAGCACAAGAAGGAGAAGAAGUGCAAGGGGUGUAAAUCCUGUGAUGGAGGGAAGAGCAACCAUGUGGCGCUAGUGAAGCGAAGAGCCCGAGCGGAUCGCAUCCCCCAGAAGAGGGAAGACGCAUAUAAUUUCGAAAGUGAAAGAAGCAACGAGGACGAUAUUCACAAGGAGAGAAAACAACACCAAAGCAGAGCUUUGAAUGGAAGAGUUGUGAAGAAGGGCAAAAAAAAGAAUGCCUCCGUAGGGGCAUCGGGCCGGGAUGUAGCCUGUGGGGAGAGUGAGACAAACAAUACGGAGGAGAUCACGGAAGAGAUUACCGAAGAUAUUACUGAAGAGAUUGCCGAGGAGGUUGCCAAAGAGAAUGAGAAGAAAAAUAAGGAAGAAGGUUCGGUUGAUAGUAAUAGCAGCGAUGGCGACACAACUAUGCCGGAGGAGGACGGUGACAGUGCUUCUGCUAUGAAGGAAAGAAGGCACGGAGGAAAAGCGCAAAACGUAGAAGGAACAGACAGUGGAAGUUAUAAUACGAAGAAGAAAGGCAGUAUAAGGGGCAAAGUUCGAAAACAGAAAGGUAACCGUAACCGUAACUUCAAUCGUGAAUGUAACCGCGAAACUGAUGAGAGCAAUAACGUGCAGAGUGACGUAACGGUUAACACUUUCAACGGGGCGAAUUCCAUCUCAGAAAUACACUGUAUGAGGAAGGAGAAAAGAAAUGAUAUAAGUGAAGAUGACAGGUAUAAGAACGGUGGGAAGGGUGAGUUAAUUCCAAAGACCAGGAAGUCGUACCCUGUUAUGUGUAACCAAUUAGGGAAGAGUGGGUUGAGAAUGAAGAUGCAGAGGAAAUCUGCACCGGGUGAUAGUCACUGGAACAACCCCCUCAGUUAUGUGGACAAUAAGAACUAUUCGUACCGUUCCGGAUCGAAGAACAAGGGAAAUGAAAUGGAAUGCACAAAAGGUAGCAGUAAAAGGGAGGAUAAUUACGCUGGGGGUGCAAGCAGAGGCAACAGUCAUUCUAGCAGGCGAAGCAGCAGUAUGUCGUCCUCGGAGAAUUAUCAAUCAAGUGAAAGCCUAAAGGGAGGAGGAUCCCACAGCCACGCGGGUAGGAAGAGCUCCACUGGAUUGAGCGGGAGUGAGAAGGCCAACCGUAGUACUACUCGUUCUGUUGGAAAAAGUUCGAAAAAGAAUGAGGAAGAAGUACACAACAGAGUGAAGGAAAUGAACAGUCCAAAUGGCUCGAUGAGGAAUGGCUCAAAUGAGGGGGCUCCCUUAAAUAGGAAAAUUUUUAUUAGUCAGGAAGAUAUAGACAAGGUAAGCGUGGACAACCAAACUGGUGGUAGUGACAACUCCUCGGAGAAUAGAGUGACUUCGGAGAAUAACCUAUCACAUAACAGCGACAUCAUCAACAGUGGUGAAGACGUCAGUGGUAGUGCAAAGAGAGGAGCGGAAAGCAGAGUUAGUUCCCGUAUGAACGUUAAUGGAAAUGAUGGAAAUAAUGGAACGCCAAACACGGAGGGAAAAGGGGAAAUAGCUUUUUGUGGAAAUGAGUAUCACUAUGAUGGGGACGAUAUGAAGGUGAAUUCUUCCGCUAGAGAAAACAACGAAUUGGAGAAAAACUGCAUUAGGAAGUUAAACUCGCUUAACAAUAAUAGCUACAUAAAUAAUUUGAUAACACAUGUGGAUGACGACACGUUUAUCCAUAAGGAGGGUAAUUUCUUCCUGGAGUGUGCCCUGACAAAUUCAGAAAUGAAUGGUAGCUCCUUCGAAAUGGACAUGUCUUUGAAUAAUGUGUAUUCUAAUGGUGGCGAUGGGGACAGGCACCCUGGGAGCUAUGGCCGAGGAAAGAAGAGUGACUUUGAGUAG